GGGCGCUGGACUGGACCAAAGCUACGGGAACUUUGGACGAAAGAUCGAAGAUCGGAGUUUAUUCUAGUCCUUGGCUGGCAGCAAAUCUAACACAGCUUGUGUGUCUGCGAGAAUAGCUGGCACUCUUCCCCUAAUGGUAAUUUUGAAACAAUGCAUUAGAUAGUGGAAAUGAUGACCGAUCAGCAACGUAAAUUACCCGAAUGGAUGGCAUCAGAAGAAAUAAAAGAAACUAAUACACACCUGCAGGUUUCUUGUAUCAAAAAUUGUCUGGAAGACAAACUUCCCUUCUUGGAAUUUCAUGGCUCCAUAAUUUACAGUCAUGAAGGAAACGAUUGUUCUUUCCUAUCAGAAGAUUUAAGGUUAUCUAUUCCAAGUGAUUCAGCCAUUGGGUUUGACAUUGAGUGGCCUCCAACAUAUACAAAAGGAAAGGAGAAAAAAGUAGCACUUAUUCAGCUGUGCGCCCAUGAGAACAAAUGUUAUCUGUUCCAUGUAUCUUCCAUGUCAGGAUUUCCAAGUGGACUCAAAAGAUUACUGGAAGAUGAAGCAAUUAAAAAAGUUGGUGUUGGAAUUGAAGGAGAUCAUUGGAAACUAAUGCGGGACUAUGAUAUUAAACUGAAAGGCUUCGUGGAACUAUCUGAGGUGGCUAAUAAAAAGUUUAAUUAUGCAGAAAAGUGGAGUCUGAAUGGAUUGGUGAAACAUCUCUAUGGCAAACAGCUGUGGAAGGAUACAGCUGUCCGCUGCAGCGACUGGGAUGCAUUUCCUCUCAGCAAUGAGCAGCAGCAGUAUGCAGCGGUCGAUGCCUAUGCUGGUCUUCUAAUUUAUCAAAAAUUAAGUAGUUUGGAUCUGAACAGAGGGAAGCAGUUUCAAAAUAAAGAUGACCAGAAAUUGCUCCCAUCCGCUAUGCUCAAGUCAGAUCUGGUCUCUAUUGCACAUGAUAUGCAAGAUCUAGCAGAAAUGGUUCCUGAUUUUCACAUUAAUGGUGUGCAAAGAGCUACGGACGUCUUGAACGUCAUUUCUGAAAAUGUUUCUGCUUUACGGAACAUCUUGAUUGAAUCAACAUCUGGGAUUGAUCCUCAACCAGGGAAUGAAACAAAAACGGAAUUGCUUGCGGAUAAUCGAAGAGAAAAUGAAUGUACGGAAAAUAGUUUGGAAAUGAUUGAAAUGACAAAUCGGAGUCACCAAGAACAGGCAUCGAAAGCAGAUGAAGCGGAUCUUUCUUGUGUGAUUGAAAGUGAUGAGGAGCUGGAGAAUGAGAUGAUCAAUGCAUCGAAAGUAGAUGAAGCGGAUCUUUCUUGUGUGAUUGAAAGUGAUGAGGAGCUGGAGAAUGAGAUGAUCAAAGUACUGGAAAAUGUGGACAGCUGUUCUGAACAGGACUCCGAAGAAUCUCUAAGUUUACUUGGCAAGACUGUAUCAGAGGAAUUAUUUGGACUGCAGGAUGAGGAAGAUGAAAGGAUCGAGGAAGAAGAGGAAAAGUGGGAUACUACAAUACCAGAACCAAAUGAAAACCAGAUCAAAUGUCUAAAAACUUACUUUGGACAUUCUAAUUUUAAACCGGUUCAGUGGAAUAUUAUCUAUUCUGUGCUUCAAGAGAGAAGAGAUAAUCUAGUUGUUAUGGCAACUGGUUAUGGGAAGAGUUUAUGCUACCAAUUCCCAGCUGUUUACACAGGAGGUGUUGCAAUAGUGAUUUCACCCCUCAUAUCUUUGAUGGAGGAUCAAGUAUUACAAUUAAACAUGUCCAACAUAACAGCUUGUUUCCUUGGCUCGGCCCAGUCGCAGAAAUUUUCCCAUGAACUAAUAAAGGGUCAUUUCAAAGUUAUUUACAUGACACCUGAAUACUGUUCGCAAUCGACUUCAUUACUGAAGAAACUUGAUGAUACCAUUGGUAUCACAGUUGUUGCUGUGGAUGAGGCUCACUGUAUAUCUGAAUGGGGACAUGAUUUCAGAAAUUCUUACAGAAAACUGGGAUCUUUAAAACAAUUACUGCCACAGGUUCCAAUUGUUGCCUUAACUGCUACUGCCAGCCCUUCAAUCAGAAGUGACAUCAUAGAGAAUCUGAAGAUGACGAAUCCUCGGGUUGUCUGCACCACCUUUGAUCGACCAAACUUGUACUUAGAAGUUGGUCGUAAAUCUACGGACAUUGGACGAGACUUAAAACCAUUCUUAAUCACAAAGGAUAAUGAUAGGUUCUCCUUGGAGUUUGAAGGGCCCACCAUAGUUUACUGUCCAUCCAGGAAAACUACAGAACAUGUGGCUGGAGUGUUGUCACAGAUGAAUGUUGUUUGCGGCACAUACCAUGCAGGCAUGGGCAUCAAAGCCAGAAGAGACGUGCAUCACAAGUUCAUGAGGGAUGAAAUUCAGUGUGUGGUGGCUACAAUUGCAUUUGGCAUGGGAAUUAACAAGCCUGAUAUCCGUAAAGUCAUUCAUUAUGGAGCACCAAAAGAAAUGGAAUCAUACUAUCAAGAAAUUGGGAGAGCUGGGCGAGAUGGUUUGGCCAGUGCUUGCCAUGUCUUGUGGAGUCCUUCUGACAUUACGUUUAACAGGCACCUGUUGAAUGACAUUAAGAAUUUACGAUUCCGUAACUACAAAAUUAAGAUGAUGGAAAAAAUAAAGCAAUACCUCGCAUCAUCCAAGUGCAGAAGAAAUAUUAUCUUGUCCCAUUUUGAAGAUGAAAAGCUCAGGAAAGCCACUCUUGGGAUCAUUGGAACUGAUAGAUGUUGUGACAAUUGUAAAUCAAGAAUUGGAAGCUGUACUUUUACAGAUGAACCAGAAAAUGAAAUGCAAGAUUUUGGAAAAGAAGUAUAUCAGCUGCUUACUGCAAUAUGUAUUUUAGGAGAAAGAUUUGGUAUUGGAGUUCCUGUUUUGUUCUUGCGGGGUUCUUACUCGCAACGUUUGCCAGAACAGCAUCGUAAUCACCAUCUGUUUGGAAGUGGAAAGAAUAAUCCUGAAAGCUGGUGGAAGGCACUGGGUCAUCUACUUAUCAUUGAGGGUUUCUUGCAGGAAAAUAACAUCUGCAAGAGAUUUGCUGUCACAACUGCUCUUUCUAUGAAGGGGCGAAAGUGGUUCCAGAAGGCAGCUGAUGAGUCUUGUCGUACUCUUUCGCUUCCAGCCACUGAAGAACUGCGUCCACAGGCUCUUCCAAAAGUUCAGUUUCAGCCGUCAACCUCGCCAGCAGUUUCCUUGCAACGUGAUCCUGCGUUGGUUACCCAGUCAGAGCUUCAGAUUAUGUCACUAGGCAAACAGUUUGGGAGAGAGAAAAUAAAAGGAAAUGAAAGGUCGUUUGACACAUCUGCAAUUAAAGGUCAUUUAUUUAUUCCUUCUUCAUCUAGAUCUCCAAUAAAAACUGUUCCCUCUGAACCAGUGCCAUCAGCCAGAGAACUGGAGUUGCAGGGCAAAUUGUAUGGCAAAUUGUUAGCAGCAAGGCAGAACAUUGCCAAUGCUAAAGAUGUUCCUCCAGCUAUUUUGGCUACAAACAAGAUAUUAUUGGAUUUUGCCAAGAUAAGGCCAUCAACUCUAGACAACCUGAAGAGAAUUGAUGGUGUAUCCUUAGCUAAGGCUGCUGUGUUGGCUCCACUCCUGUAUAUCAUCAAGGAAUUUUGCAAAGCCAAUGAAUUUGAGGUAGACAAAUUUUCUAUUUCAAAACUGAAUGAAGCGCAAAAUCCAGUCGUCCAACCAAACUCUGCCCUUGGCCCCCAGUUUAACGUUGCUCAUGUAUCAAAGGCAAGAACCAGCAAUUCAAGUAAUAUGAUUGCUCCUACAGUUGUUCAUCAUUCGUCUUAUGUGCCAAAAUCUGAUGACAUGGAUGGUAACCAAACUAGACUUGGUCAUCCAGUUCAGGAACUGAACAUAAAGUCCAAUCAGAACCAUUUGGUUCAAUCAGAUUUCAACUGGGAAUCUGUUCAGAGACCGAUUGAUGACAAGCAUCCUGGACAACCACAAAGUUCUAGUGUUGAAACAAAAUUUCCCAAAGCAAAUUCUCCAGCACCCAGAAUUUUUGAAUCUUUUGUCAAAGACUGGAUUGAAACAGCAGGAAAGCAUGUGGGAAGCAGUCACGAAAUGCCUAUCAGUGUUCCCCUGGUUAGUUUAGAAUCGUUAAAACAGCCUACUGCAAGUACAAAAAUGUUGUCUGAUGAUUUUCAAACACCGGAGAACCAUAGUGACACAGAAAAACCUGCAGUGGCACCUUGCAGUCAGAGUCACACUGAUAGAAGUUGUCAGAAAAACGUCUCCUCUGUUAGUUUUGCAUCCUGGAAUGACCCAAUGAUUGAUGCCUCCGACAGGGAUUUAUUUGAUGAUUCACAAUCAGAGAGUCAGUCAGCCAAAAGAAAACUCCCAGAAUGGUUUGGGUCUUCAAAACCUCUUGACCUCUCUUCUACUGCAGUAAAGAAAGCAAAAAAGAAAAAAGGGCUCUUCAAUUGAAACUGUUUUUCUACCACUGGCCAAGGAAUAAACGGCUCAACACUGCAUUACAGUUGUUGACAAAAUAAAAAUGUUUCUCGGGCCACACCCAGCAUUUCAAUUACAUUGCGCGCACUUUAUUUCUGCCACGGACAGCCUGGUGAAAAACCUGUGAGGCAGAUAGAAGCAGCAGAAGAUGACAAGAUGAUAAUGUUGUUGUUGUAAAACCUAAUCUUGAAUGUAUUCAAAAUUCACUGCAUUCUCAUGCAGUGUGAAAAUGUUCUACCAACACCUGUCACCUUGCUCAUGAACAUAAAUUGCUGAAUUCUGCAAUAUAUGUAGGAUCAUUCCUGCACUAACAUGAGCAAGAGAAAGAAUGUUUUGACAAAAUAUUGUUUCUCAUUUACUUUGAAUUUGCCUAUAUGUAUAAGAUAGUCUACAACAGACGUUUGAAGAUAAAAUAUAACAAUUCAGGUCCAUCAUUGAUUUUCCGGCACCCUUGGUUCCAACGCCUUGCUGGUUUAUCUGUUUUGCUUGCUGGACCAUCAGAGGUCACUUCCUCAGGGAGGCUGAGAUUCCGACCUGUAAAGUUGACCUCGGAAGUCGAUUAUGGGAACAGAUCUGCCAACUCCGUCUGGGCUGGAAUUCCAGAGCCCUGACCGCAGGGGGCAAAUUCUACCUGCUAAUUGGCUGCAGAAGUCCCAAUGCCUCACCCAGCCUGGGCAUAGCAUUUUUGGGGGGGAUUUCAAGUGCACUCUCGUAAUUUAAUUCCAGAUUAAAUGAGGUGACGGGCCACCAGUUAUCGGAAAAUCAGUGUUGGACCAAUAUUUGCGAAGUUCUUCAGAAACUAUUUUUUCUACAAUAAUGUUGUUUAAUCUAAAUAAAUUAAAACUUAAUAAUAAGUGUUAUCUGGUGCCAAAAGACGCAAAUUUUUUUUUUUUAAAUGCAGUUUUUUACUAAAUUUGCAGAUGAUUUCAAGGUAAUCUCUUGUGACAAAAGGAAUCAAAAUGUUCUCCCAUAUAAUGUGUUGACUGUAAUGAUUUGGUAUAUCAAUGCACUCAGCCACUGGUACAUUAAUACAGGUUAAUUCCAUUCCUAACCAGUGGUAAUUUUCCAAGUUUGUCUAUCAGUUGUAAUGUCGAGUGGUACCAAGACACUUCUAUAGACGAAAAGAAAACAAUGAUUCAUAUUUUACAGAUUUUUAUUUGCAUAUAUGGCAGGGUACAAUAAAAUUCCUUGUUCAC